AUGGAUGCCUCAAAUCCUACUGGCAGAACUGAACAAGCUCUGUCAUCGCGCAGCAUUCUCGAUCGCGCUGCGGCGAGUUUUGGCAAUGAUGAUGUCGAGGUGCUACUGAAAAAUCCCUGGGAAGCCAUCGCGCUGAUUGGGCAUGCCUGUAUGAUUGCUGUUGACUUCAGGCUGAUUGGCCUGGAGGAAGACCACAGAAUAGAAUCUCAGGAACCCUCGUCGCCGCUACUACCCAAGGAGUGGAACGCCAGCUCCACCUAUGCCUUCAAAUAUGCCCACACGCAAUCAUCUAUGCAGUUCUUGCUCAAAAUCACUCGACUCGAUUUCAUCUCUGAGUCAGCCGUCCCCUUGUCAAAAUCCACCGAGGAACUUACCCGGUCGCUCGAGCAAGUGUUUAUUUCGUCGUCGCGACUCAGCGAUUUGAUCGCCCUGUUUAAAAUCAAUGUAAUCCAGAAACUUGCGCCGGGUCUACAAAAGGAGGGAUAUGAAGAUGGGUCCUCCUCUAGUCGAGAACAACGUGAACGUGAAUUAGAGCAACCAGUACGACAGCCACGACAACCGGUAAGAGAUCCUCUACGGGACGAUCGUCACCCGGAACCAGCCCGCCCGAUUCCCUUUGGUGAUCCACUUGCUGCACCCCCACGACGGCCGCCAGUCCCAGCAGGUGAUUUCCCCCCGCCUGGGUUUGAAGAUGAGUACGAGAUAAAUGUCCCUCCGCGCGGGUUCCACCCGGGAGGAGCAGGUCACGGGCCAAGGAGACCAAACCUUGGAGAGCGCGAUCUAUAUCCCCCUGGUCUGGGGCCUCGCGAUCCACUGGUACCUCACUUUGGGCCGCAGGGUGGGGGAGGCAUGCAUCCGACAUUUGAUGACCCCAUCUUUCAGCAUGGAGGUGGUAGAGGUGACGGUGAUGAAUAUAACCCUCAAGUUCCUCCUGGGGCAAGGUACGAUCCUAUUGGCCCCGGGGAUGGGCCACCGAUGGGACGAGGUCGGGGUGGCCCUGGAUUCCCGGGCGGUCGCGGUGGAUUUGGAGGUGGAUUUGGCAGCGGAGCAUUCGGAGGAGGCUUUGGUGGUGACAUUAUUUAA